AUGGGUUGUUUAAGAUUCUGUUUCAUUCUGAUCCCGUCAUUCUUGACUCUAUGUGCUCUUGUGCUGAGUGCGAUCGCGUGUUCAGGAGCUUCUGGUAAGAACAAGCUGCUCACGUCGGUGUACGAGUUGAAACUUAACUUCGCAGAUGCUGAUGUUAGUCAGCUGUUGAACGUUAGUCUGGGUGACAGUGUCUCGCUUAGCGACGUGGGGAUUUCGGACGUGUACAUCUUUGGUAUGUGGGGUCAUUGCCAGGGAAAUCUCAACUCUUCCGCAGAUUCCGGGUCUACCACUCUGGAUAAGGAUCUGAACCUGAACAGUGGUGUUACAUGGACUCAUUGCUCGAAGCCCAAAGCCAUGUAUGUCUUUGAUCCCGUGUCUUUCUUCAGCGACCAGCUGAACGUCUCUUCGUCCCUCUCCUCUACUGUUGAAGAUUUGGCCGAUGACAUUGGAAUUUCGCUGCCAUCCAAGAUUGAUGACUACACAAAAACAGCCAAGAUUCUCUCAAAGCUGAUUUUCAUCUGUACGAUCAUUGGUGUGGUGCUUGCGUUCGUCACUUUAGUCCUAGGAUUCCUCACAGGGUGUUGCUGCGGCGGUGGUAUGGGAUGUUUUGUUACGUUUAUCUCAUUGCUGUCAACUGUCUCGCUCCUUUUGGCCUGUGGUGCCAGUACUGGAAUGUACCAGUAUAUUGUGCACCAAUUUUCCAACGCUUCCGCCUAUGGGGUCGAUGCAACCAUGAGCAAGAACUACCUAGGCGCCUUCUGGGGUGGUCUGGGUGCCUCUUUACUGUCCACGGUGUUCUGGUUCCUGAGUUCAUGUUGCUCUUGUUGCGGUAGCGCUCCUUCAGGAGGCUGUUGCGGCAGGCGUGGACCACUUCCGGAUGACGAGAAGCCAAUGCUUGUGUAUUCUCAUUGA